AUGUAUUUCGUCGGUGUAUAAUAAGCGUAAAUGAAGAAGUUAUAACUAAAUUUUUAUCAAAUUAUAUUCUUGUUGAAAUAUCUGUCCUUGGAGAUCAAUUUAAACAACGGAACAAUUAGAUUUCCGGCGUUUGAGUGACCGAAGAUUGACACCUAACACCAAAUUCUCUUUGUCAUUCGAGCCAGCAGUGAAGGGCAUUCUACUCCUCGUGAUCUUCGACGCACGAGUUAUAUUUCACAACAGGAGACAGGCGGCGUUGCGUGAAUAUUUUGAAAGUAUCGCACGAGCCACGAUGUGAGUUUUGGAUUUCAGUGAGUUUGUAGUCUCCAAAAAGACAUAUUUAACGUCGAAUAUAGGGGCAUUUGGGGUCAUGUCAUGCCAAGAUUUCACGUCUGGCGUUCCGGUCUCUUUCUCGUCUUUGUGUUUACUGUGAUCAUUGUUCAAAUAUCACUCAAUCUAUUCCUGUCCUCUUGCGACCAACGUUCGGAAGAUGUUCUCGCAAAUAAACGAAAUAUCAUCAAGCGAGAAACGGACGUCGUACGUCGUUUAUACACGGAACGGCUCACGGCAACGCAUCGCACGAUAGCGGCCUUAAAAGUGCGAUUGAACCAAGCAAGUGCCGAGGACGACCGCCGGGAAAACUCCACAGAAAUCGAGAUACUCAGAAAAGUGAACGCGGAAUUGUCUUCGAAGUUAGCGAAAUAUAAAAAACUACGAAAAAUCGUCAGCGCGCAAGAGCUGAGUCGGCUUAAAUCCGACGCAACGAAACUUGAUUUCCUCAAAUCCGAAACACCUUACAACGAAUUUUCCAUCACGCCGUUCGACAGUUUUACGCACGUCGGAAUUUAUUCUGUCAACAAAGACGGUCUCGUUACCCGGCCGGCUAAAAGACCCAUCGGUGCGCGCGUCAAGGAACACGAGGAGAUCUUGAAUUUUGCCUUGCGCGUUCUGAGAGACGAACUCCCAGGUGCGCGGAAUAUCGAGAAACGCGAUUUAGCAAACGGGAUAAGCCGAUUAAGUCGCGUCACGGGCACGCAAUACGAUCUCAUUUUCAAAGCUGGAAAACCAAAUCAGUAUCAUCGGGUCAAAAUUCGUCGCCCUUUUUCGCACCUGGAACUUGUGGACGAGGUUGAGACUUUGGACACUUCGAAAGAACUUAUAAACCUCAUCAUUCCCUUAUCUGGACGAACGGACAGUUUCAAAGUGUUUCUAAGACACUUUGGGGAUAUCUGCAUUCGAUGGGACGGAAAAGUUUAUCUUACGGUGGUCUAUUUUGGCCAAAAGGGCUACCAAGAAACGAAGAAUUUACUCGCGGAGUUCGAAAAGAGGGAAAAGUUUAAAAACUAUAAAUUUAUUUACAAUGAUGGGCCAUUUUCGCGUGGCGUGGGACUACAACAAGGUGCCCUUGCUUGGGAGAAAGGGAACAACAUUAUGUUCUUUUGCGAUGUUGAUAUGCAUUUUACCGCCGAUUUCUUAGAGAGGUGUCGUUUUUACACAGAACCCGGGCGGAUGGUGUAUUAUCCUAUCGUGUUUAGCUUGUACAAUCCUGAGAUCGUUUUCAACGGUAAACCGCCCGCAAUCGACCGGCAGCUUUACGUGGGUAAAUACAACGGUUUUUGGAGGGACUUCGGUUUCGGAAUGACCUGCGUCUAUAAAAACGACUUCGUUGCAACCCGGGGUUUCGAUACAACCAUCCACGGCUGGGGAAUGGAAGAUAUUAAGUUAUAUAGGAAGUUCUUGCGGACAAAAUUAGCGGUCAUCCGCGCGACAGACAGGGGCAUUUUCCACAUGUAUCACCCGAAGAGAUGCGAUUCAUCUCUGCCAAGCGAACAGUAUCUCUCGUGCCUGCAUAGUAAGGCCUCUAACGAGGCCUCGCAUCGUCAAAUGGGAAUGCUCGCUUUUGGUAAUAGACUGUUUAGUAACCUGUCCCCUGACUGGAAGACAAAGCUGGAGUACCAGCCGGAUUUCACAAUGAGGGACUCGAAGACUAAGAGUAAGAAAGCGAUUGAUCUCUGGAAGAGAGCCGACGAUCUGGACAUUGAAAUCUUGGAAAUAAAACAAUUGCAGAAAAGACUUGAAUAUGCCAUGAAUUUCACGACAUUCGGAAGGAAUAUUUUCAACCAGAACACAGUGGAUGUUCGUGUUUUAAGAGAUCUGCGAUUGGGUCUUGAGAAUACUACGCAAGUUAUCAAAAAAAUUGCCCUUUCUUUGGGGAAGAAUAACUCCAGAAUAAACGAUAAAUUUCAGUAAUAUAUAACAGUUUUCAAAUACAUCGUUUUUGAUCGAGAUAGUGUGUCUGAUUUUAGUUCAUUUGAAAAAGUCAU